AUGGCGAACUUCUUCGACCGCGCUCGUGGAGCCUCCAGCUCCAAACCCUCCGCCACCAAAUCGGUUGUUGAACAAGCCCCUGCAGCGCAGCCUUGGACGGAGAAGUACCGGCCACGGAGCCUCGAAGAAGUGAAGAGCCAGGAGCAUGCCACCGAGACCCUUCGCCGCAUGGUCAACGCCUCGAACCUCCCUCACCUCCUCUGCUAUGGCCCACCGGGGAACGGCAAGACGUCCACGAUCCUCGCUCUCUGUCGCGAACUCUUCGGGCCCGAACUCAUGAAGACGCGGGUCCUGGAACUCAACGCCUCGGACGAGCGAGGUCUUUCCGUCAUCAGGGAACGAGUCAAGCAGUUCGCCUCGCUGCACCUGACACACCCGUCCUCGGCCGAAUACCGCAAGAAGUACCCGUGUCCCAACUUCAAGGUGGUCUUGUUGGACGAGGCGGAUCAGCUCACGCAGGAUGCGCAGGGAGCGUUGAGGCGGGUGAUGGAGAUCCACAGCGCAACUACCCGGUUUGCGCUGUGCUGCAACUACGUGUCAAGAAUCAUUGACCCCAUUGCUUCGCGGUGUUCCAAGUUCCGAUUCAAGGCUCUGGAAGGAUCCGAGGCAGUGGCGCGGAUCGAAGCGAUCCUCAAGGCGGAGAAUGUGAAAUACGAAGGGGGUGUCAUUGAGAGAACCCUGAAAGUUUCGGAUGGGGAUCUUCGACGUGCCAUCAAUCUUCUCCAGAGCGCGGCUCGACUUGUCGGCGCUUCGGCCUCGACAUCGAACUCGAACGGCCACAAGAAGAAAGUAGUCGCGGACGAAUCGGAUGACGAAAUGGAGGAUGUCGAUGAGGCCAAGUCGAAACCUGCCCAGGCAAGUAACAUGAUCAAGGUCUCCGACAUCAACGAAAUCGCCGGUACAUUCCCCCCGGAUCUGACGGACAACCUCCUCGGCAUCCUCCAAAAGGGCAACACGCGAAACUUCAACAACAUCGCGUCGGAGAUCACCAACAUCGUCGCGAGCGGGUAUGCCGCCAACGAGGUUCUCUCUGCGCUGUAUUCGGCGGUGGUGCUGGGCGAGGAAGACGUGGUCGUCAACGGCAAGAAAGACGCCGCUCUCCGGAAAAAGUACAAGCUGACGGCGAUCUUCUCCGAGUACGACAAGAAGUUGGUCGACGGAGUUGAUGAACAUCUCGCUUUGCUCGAUAUGAGCUGUCAGAUUGCAGGGAUUCUGGCUGCGUAA